CUAGGGAGGGUAAGAGCGUAGUCUGAGUUGAGGCUUUGUGCUGUGAGUGUCUCUGCUACUACUACUACUUCCAAUUACCCCAAGAUGAUCAUUUUCGCUAAGAACGGAAAGGAGAAGGAGAAGCUUGAGAAGCCCCUUGUGGUCAAUGAAGUUCUGGGUUCAGAAUGUGGGGUGGACCACACUGUACUGGACCCCAAUAGUGGGGACGUGGAGGCGUGGCUGUCACCCAGCACCCGUCGUCGAGUGUCAACAGCCACCACCAUCUGUGUUUUCAUCACCGCUCUCUUGGUGAUGAGUAUUGGCAUCAUCGGCGGUGUGUACCUCUACCGCGCCUUCUCUCACCACCAAACGUCUCGCUUCCGUGGGUGGUGCGGUAUUCCCUUCGAGCGGGAGUCCCUCAGCUCUAUGGGUAACCCUAAGCUGCCCCUUGAGGGAAAUCCAUCCAUUUAUAGGAAUGAUGAUAUAGAGGGGCCAUCAGAGAGCCUGUUCAACGAGGAGUUCGAGUUGGACCUCGAUGAAGACAUGUACGAGGAGAUCCACGUCCCUGACUUUGGAUUUGGUCGUCAGGGUCGCUUUAUCCACGACUUCAAGACUAACAUGACCGGAAUCAUCGACCUGAGUUCCGGCCACUGCUACGUGAUGCCCCUCGACCGCACCCACGUUCUGCCUCCACGCACCAUCAUGGACCUGGUCAAGAAGAUGUGGUUGGGCUACUACAACGUCGACACUCAGGUUCUUCGUCAGACUAUGCGCGUCACUCGUCCUCCCGUCGUUGACUUCACAUCCCUGGGAACGUUCAUCGCCCAUGACUGUGCCACUUAUCCCACCUUCCGUCUCAAGCGCAUCUACACCUCUGACUUGAAGAAACGCAGCGUAGACAAUCUGGAAGAAAGCAACAAAAUCGACUUCGUGGAGUUUGCCGGCAACAAGAUCAUCAAGUUGACCAUCAUUGACGACAGGAGUGACAGUGAACAGUGAGGAAGACCAGCGUGAAAUAAUUAGGGAGAAAAAAAAAGAAAAAAAAAAAAGAAAA